AUGGCCCAGAGCUACAUCCUCUGCACAGCUUUCCUCUUCUGUUUCUCUACCACAGCUCUUUCCAUGAGCUCUAAUGUUCUUCGACUCCAACAGAGACACAGUAUUUCAGCCAGUCAGACUCUCCUACGGCAGUUGAAUGGAACCUUUCAAUGUCACCUCGAGGACAGGAUGGACUUCAAGUUCCCGGAGGAGAUUAAACUACAGAAGUUUCAGAAGGGGCAAGCCUUAUUGGUCAUUCAUGAGGUGCUCCAGCAGAUCUUUGAUAUUUUCAGAAGAAAUUUCUCUAGCACUGGCUGGAAUGAGACCAUCAUUAAGAACCUCUUUGUGGAACUCAGUUGGCAGGUGGACCAUCUGGAGACAGCCCUGGAGAAAAUCAUAGAGGAGAAAAACUUCAGCUGGGAAAAAAACACGACCCUGUUGGACCUAAAGCAAUAUUACUUAAGGAUUGUACAGUACCUGAAGGCCAAGUCAUAUAGCAGAUGUGCCUGGACAAUAAUCCAAGUGCAAAUCCUCAAGGACUUUUCCUUCCUUUACAAUCUUACGGGUUUUAUCUCCGAUAACUGA